AUGGACUCGAGUUUCAAGGUAUUGAUAGUGGGAGCUGGAGUCGCUGGACUUGCUCUAGCUCAGAUAUUACGCAAGCAUAACGUGCAAUUCGAAAUAUAUGAAAGGGACAAUGGUACGCGUGGUCAAGGAUGGUCUGUUGCAUUGGACGAAUGUCUCACUAGAUUGAGCGAUCUCCUGCCUGACGACAUUGGGAGUCUAUAUAGCACCAGCGCCAAUCAAAGUACUGGUAAAGCAGACGGAUUUGAAUUCAUAGAUGGGAUAAGUCAUGAAACACUUGGUGUUGUCGGAAACGUCAGGGAAACCCAUUUUGGCCACAACAUUUCUGCCAGUCGAGAUUUGUUUCGCAAGAUACUCAUGAAUCACAUCGACGUACAAUAUGGAAAACGCUUCGUGAAAUACGAGGAGAAUCAAGACACCAUCAAGGUGCUCUUUGAAGAUGGAGAAACAGCAACUGGACAUCUGUUGGUAGGUGCCGAUGGGGCAAACUCACCUGUCCGAGGUCAACUUAUCAAAGGCUUCAAAGCAACGCCAAGCAGCUUUGCGACUUUGCAUGGAAACACGGUACUAGGCAGACAGUCUUUCGAGCCCUUGAUCGAGAAGGGGAAUACCGGAGUCAUAGUGGGUCAAGAGGGUUUGAAGUUCACACUAUUGCUGUUAGAGUAUCUCGACGACGGCAAGGCAUUGUUCAAUUGGACGUGCAGUUAUAAGAGCAAUAAUCCUCAGUCUGACCAUCAAUGGGCUGAUACAGCGAGCAAGGAGGCAUUGUUUGAAAAAGCAAUUGAUGUCGUCGGACAUCUCCCUGAGCGUAUCGUGGAAGCAGUGCGAAACACCACUCCAGCUGGGGUUCAUCAACCGCCGAUCAAAUUGUUGGAGACAUUGCUGCCUGAUCAGAAUCUUCCUCGGGGUCGAGUCACUCUGGUCGGCGAUGCGGCGCAUUCUAUGGUACCGUUUCGAGGCAUGGGUGCCAACACCGCCAUCUUGGAUGUAUGCGAUUUGGCAAGCGGGAUCGUGCAUGGGAUCGAGACUGGAGGUGAUCUCAACUGGGUGCUGAAGUCAUAUGAGAACAUAAUGAUACCACGAGGGAGAACCAAAGUCCUUGAGUCGAGGGCGACCGGUGAAUCUGAUGAUGCUCUUGAAGUCUCGGGUGGUCGCCUACAACGUGAAAAGGCCGCAGGAAACGUCCUUUGA